CGGGACCCCAAAGAAGAGCUGGGCGUGUGCAGGGGGCGCGGCUAUUUGCCGCAAGUCGCGUUUCCAGGGGUCGCAGAGGGUCCUUUAGGCCAGGCGUGAAAGUUGGGGCUUGGGGAUUAGUCUUGGGGCGGAGAUGGAGGCACGCCGGGCCAGGCCCCGCCGUCUUCGCUCUUGCACACUCAGCUUUUCAGCGCCGAGCCGAGCGAGGUGGGCGGUGUCGCGGGAGUGAUGUCAUCACCGGGCGUCGCGCACACGCAGAGAAGCCGUGACCUCUCCGCGUGGGGAGCUGCGGGACAAUGCUGCAGCUAGUGCGGGCCGGGGCGCGGGCCUGGCUUCGGCCCACCGGCUGCCGGGGCCUGAACGCGCUGGCGGAAGAGGCAGUGCACCCGGUGGCGAAGCCAGAGGCAGUAGUUAGCGCGGGUCCCCAGACGCCUGUGCUGCGCAGGUGCGAGCUCCCGGUCCCCGCGACCCGGCGUCCGGUGCAGGCCUGGGUGGAGUCCCUGCGGGGCUACCAGCAGGAGCGUGUGGGUCUGGCCGAACUGCACCCCGACGUUUUCUCCACGGCGCCCAGGAUGGAUAUCUUGCACCAGGUUGCCAUCUGGCAGAAGAACUUCAAGAGAAUUAGCUACGCCAAGACCAAGACUAGGGCCGAGGUGAAGGGUGGGGGCCGGAAGCCCUGGCCACAGAAGGGCAGUGGGCGUUCUAGGCAUGGCAGCAUCCGCUCCCCGAUCUGGCGAGGAGGGGGCAUUGCCCACGGCCCCCGGGGCCCCACGAGCUACUACUACAUGCUGCCCAUGAAAGUGCGGGUGCAGGGCCUCAAGGUGGCUCUGACUGUCAAGCUGGCCCAGGAUUGCCUGCGCGUCGUGGACUCCCUGGAGCUGCCCACCUCGGACCCCCAGUACCUGACGGAGCUGGCCCGCUACCGCCACUGGGGGGACUCCGUGCUCCUGGUGGACGUAGCACACGAGGACAUGCCUCAGAACGCCGUGGCCGCCACCUCCGGGCUCAAGACCUUCAACCUGAUCCCGGCCGUCGGCCUGAACGUGCACAGCAUGCUCAAACACCAGACCCUGGUCCUGACCCUGCGGACGGUCGCCUUCCUGGAGGAGAAGCUGCUCUGGCAUGACUCCCGCUACACGCCCCUCUACCCCUUCCGCCUGCCCUACCGGGACUUCCCCUGAGCCGUGACCCUGUGCACCUCAGGGCCCAUCGGCCGCCCUCUCCCUGGACCGCUCCACGCGGGCGCCUGCUCUGAGCCGGGCCAAGCCGCCGGCAGGCCUGGGAGCCUCGUGCCCACCCCGUGAGGGCAGAGCCGCACCACCCCAACCCCCCCAUCCCAGUAGGAAGCUGAAGGCCACACAGAGUGGCUGAGCGGUGUCACUACCAGGAAGAGGCGACUUGGCAGACAGCCCGACUGAACUUUGGCCCCCAUUUUCUCUUUCAUUUUUAAGAUCAAUUUUAUUUCCGGAGUGCUAGGCGCUGCUGGGUACCUCUCCUGGGGACAACCUCAGGGCUGUCGAUAGCAGUGACACAGUCAACUUUCCCAGGGCGACUCAGACUCGAGAAACCAGGGGCGCUGCUGUCAUUAGGAGCCCGCUCCUGGUGCGUCCCCAUUCCCAAGCACUGGCACCAAGAAUUCAUGUCCCUGAUGGGGUUUGUGGUGCCAUUGGUCAUGGUCCUUCAUGCCAAGCAGUGGGUUUGAGUCUAAAAACCGGAUCUAAAAAUGGGAAGUGCAGACCUGAGCUGUCGUCAUAAUGAUUUCCCCUAAGCAGAGUCUGAAUCCAUGUGGUCUGUAAAUGAGUGAAUAAACACGUUUUUUUUUAAACACCAAA